CCCUAUUCAGUCCUACUUUUUGUCGACUAGAGACGGGGCACCAUCCCCACUGAGUCAGCACAAGAAGGUGACAUUCUUUGUGAAGCGGUACCUCUAAUCUUCUCACGUCUGUCUUCCCUGUGACGACAUGGCGAGUGAGAACGGAGAGUCUGGGGGGGGAUCUUGGAAAAAAAAUGUCGAUGAUAUCAAGAAGGUAUUCGAGUUCAAAGAAGUCCUUGGAACUGGUGCGUUCUCAGAAGUGGUAAUGGCCAGGGAGAAGACCACAGGGAAGAUGGUUGCAGUGAAGUGUAUCCCGAAGAAAGCACUGAAGGGGAAGGAGACCAGCAUCGAGAACGAAAUCGCCGUGCUACGGAAGAUAAAACAUGAGAACAUUGUGGCUUUGGAGGACAUCUAUGAGAGCCCCAACCACCUAUACCUCAUCAUGCAGUUGGUGUCUGGGGGUGAGUUGUUUGACCGCAUCGUAGAGAAGGGCUUCUACACAGAGAUGGACGCCAGCAGACUCAUUACACAGGUGCUGAAUGCUGUCAACUACCUCCACGACAUGGGCAUCGUACACAGAGACCUCAAGCCAGAGAACCUUCUCUACUACAACCCCCAUGAUGAGGCUAAGAUCAUGAUCAGUGACUUUGGUCUGUCUAAGAUGGAGGGGACAGGAGACGUGAUGGCUACAGCCUGUGGGACGCCAGGAUAUGUGGCCCCAGAGGUUCUGGCUCAGAAGCCCUACAGCAAAGCAGUGGACUGCUGGUCUAUCGGAGUCAUCGCUUACAUUCUGUUGUGUGGCUACCCUCCGUUCUAUGAUGAAAAUGACUCCAAGCUCUUUGAGCAGAUACUCAAGGCCGACUAUGAGUUUGAUGCACCGUAUUGGGAUGAUAUAUCUGACUCAGCCAAACAGUUCAUCAGCUCUCUGAUGGAGAAGGAUCCAGAGAAGAGAUUCACCUGUGACCAGGCUCUAGCCCACCCCUGGAUUGCUGGGGACACGGCUCUCUGCAAGAACAUCCAUGAAUCAGUCAGUCGGCAGAUGAGGAAAAAUUUUGCCAAAAGCAAAUGGAGGCAAGCGUUUAACGCCACAGCAGUGAUCCGUCAUAUGAGGCGUCUCCAGUUGGGCAGUAGUCUGGGCAGCAGCUUUGGAAGCAGUAUGAGUAUGGACCAACCAGGACAGAAUUCUAUGCCAGCCAAGAGCAUGUCUGUAGACUGUGCCUCUCUCUCACGCAAAGACGGUCCUCUACAACCUCUGUCCACUCUGCCUCCUCUGCCAUCCUCACCUGCAGCCUGCAGCGCCCCCGUUAGCAUUGGAGUGGAACCACAUGUAGAACCACAGGCGGUGGCUCUAGAGGCAGUGGUGGAGGCGCCUCGGCCACGCCCCUCCACGGUCACCACCAUCCACACGGGGACUAAAUGACAUCAGGUUCCACGGGAGGUCAGCUGGGAGACCACAGAGCUUUGAGUCGGGAUUCCAUGAUUACAAUUCCGCCCCUCAGAAUUCCACAAUUCGUCUCUCUUAGUCUGCCCACCACGCCCAUUCUCAGCUGCUGGGAUUGAGAACUUGAGGAGCUGUUCAAGGCUCCAUUUAC